CCCGCUCCCCGUCCUCUUUCUGGCCGCUGGAUAAUGGCCACGGGCCCCUCAAUUCUGUUCCUCUGCCUAGUCGCCCUCCUCGGCAGCGCCCACCUUUCCUUUGCCGAAGCACCAGCGCAAAAGUGUAGCAAGCUACUGGCACGCAAAGAAUGGCGGACCUUGACGCAUAACGAGAAAGCGGACUGGGUGGCAGCUGUCAAGUGCCUCGCAAGCAUACGACACGAACGGCUAUCCUUGACGAAGGAUCAGACGGUGCUUGAAGGGAAGAGGAGCCUGUAUGAUGACUUCUCUUACUCGCACGCUUUGGUGGAGCACAGCGCCCAUAGGAAUGCCUACUGUGGUAUCCGGCCGAAGUAGUGUACCUGGUCCGCGCACGACAGGGGGUGCUCAGCCAUGUAAUAAAAUGAUACGAAGCUG